GAAAAAGAACAAAGGAAAAAGUGGAGAGAAAAAGGAAAGAUUUUUUCGGUGUUUUUUUGUUCCCAAAUUCUCUGUUUGAUUGAUGGGAUUUCGAUCUUUGUUUUGUCUUGGUGGUGAUUCAGAUAGGAGGCAUCAGAAAAAGAAGAAGCCGACAACAUGGCGAAUUUUCUCACUUAAAGAGUUGCAAUCAGCAACUAAUAAUUUCAAUUAUGAUAACAAGCUCGGCGAAGGGGGUUUUGGGAGUGUAUAUUGGGGCCAGCUGUGGGAUGGGUCUCAGAUUGCUGUAAAGAGGCUUAAAGGUUGGAGCAACAAAGCCGAAAUGGAAUUUGCUGUUGAGGUUGAGAUUUUGGCCAGAGUUAGGCACAAAAACCUUCUCAGCUUACGUGGAUACUGUGCUGAAGGGCAAGAACGUCUCAUUGUUUAUGACUAUAUGCCAAAUUUGAGUCUGCUUUCACAUCUCCACGGGCAACAUUCCGCAGAAUGUCUUCUUGAUUGGGGCAGGCGAAUGAUGAUUGCCAUUGGAGCUGCUGAGGGUAUAGCCUAUCUUCACCAUAGUGCGACCCCUCACAUCAUUCACAGAGACAUUAAAGCAAGCAAUGUUUUGCUAAAUUCCGACUUUGAGGCACUAGUUGCUGAUUUUGGAUUCGCGAAGCUUGUUCCAGACGGUGCAACUCAUGUUACCACAAAGGUCAAAGGCACACUAGGCUAUCUUGCUCCCGAAUACGCCAUGUUAGGCAAAGCCUCAGAGAGUUGUGAUGUAUACAGCUUUGGUGUAGUUCUUUUGGAGCUUGUCAGUGGAAAAAAACCGAUAGAAAAGUUGAGCCCAACGUCAAAGCGAACAAUCACCGAGUGGGCACUUCCAUUGGCUCAAGAAGGUAAAUUCAAAGAGAUUGCUGAUCCAAAGCUCAACGGCAACUUCAUAGAGUCAGAACUGAAGAGAAUGGUGAUUGUAGCACUUAUUUGUUCGCAAAACCAACCCGAACGCAGACCGUCAAUGCUUGAGGUUGUGGAUAUGCUGAAAGGAAAUUCAGAAAAACUACUGAAUCUAGAGAACGAUGUUAUUUUCAAGCCUGAGCUUGCAGUUGCCGGGAAUUGUGAAGGAUUAUCAGGUCAAGAUGGUAAUAGUUCAGAGUGUAUAUCAGAGGAGAAGGAUUCCAAGUUGGAUGUUAAAAAUGGAGUCUAGUUCUCUAACUGAAGUUGAUGAACAUGUUAGUUAGAUUUCGAUAUUUGAUUAGGGGAGUGUAGAACUUCAAAAUGCAACUGAGUGUGAAGGUGCUGCUGAUUGAUUGCAAAUGUUUGGUUCUAUGGAAUGUGGUUUGUUGGAGUGUGUGGAAAUAUUUAUACAUUUUUUCUUUCUUCCUUUGAAUUGUAGUAUUUUUUUCUUUUCUUUUUUUUUUUCUUCUAAUAUAACAUGUGAAUUCUGUUCUGGCUUUGGUACUAAGUGUGCUUAUUUGGUUUGUUUGGUU